ACUCUCUUCUCCAACUACGCGGUGCAGUCGCCCUCCAGUGCCAGGCCCGCAAGACUGAUGCCGCGGAAGCGCUCCAGGGAUGGCGAUGAGGAUCCGGAGGCGUCCCAGCCCCCGGCUUCCCAGGCGGCGUCUCAGGCGACGCAGGCGCCCCCUUUGGAAGCCGCGGAGCUCGAGAAGCUGAGCGCUACCGCCGUCCGCUUUGUGCUGAUGCGUGAGCACAGCCGCAAGCCGCUGGCGAGGACGGAGCUCAAGGAGGCCGUGCUCGGCAAGGACCGGACGGACCGUGGCGGAAAGAUUAUCAAGGCGGUCAUCGCCGCCGCCAACGAGAAGCUGCGCCACCUCUGCGGCCUGGAGCUGGCCACCGCCAACUCGGCUGCGGACGCCGCGCCCGACGCCUCGCAAGCCGCCGGCCCAUCGCAGGCGGAGGCGACGCAGGAGGCGACGCAGGAGCGGGCGGUGGGCGGUGGCGCGGCCUCCAAGCUCCUCCUCGUCAACGUGCUCCCCCGCGCAGUCGCGCCCGAGCCGGCGGACGGCAAGCUCGUCUUCUACGCGCUGGUGGAGACGGUCCUCAACCUGCUGAGCGACCACGGCGGCAGGCUGCCCGAGAGCGAGCUGACCGAGACCUGGCUCCCCAAGCUCGGACUCAAAGAGAAGGACACGCUGCCCGGCCUCGGUACCGCAAAGGUGUGUGACCUCAUCUCGAAGCGGAUGGUGACCGAGGGCUUUCUUGUCAAGACGCAAGGUGCGUAUGCGCAGGGCCCGCGCGCAGUGCUCUCCCGCAGCUCCGAGGCGGCAAAUACCUUCCGAGGUGAGCUCGAGGGCUGAGAUUAGUCACCGCAACGCGCAUUGGACCCUCGCUUGUGCCACUCGGGCCGAGAUGAACGCUCU